AUGAGUUCAGACGUUCCAUCUAUCAUCGCCCGUCCCCUCCCCAACGCAGUCACGUACGACCUCACCGCGCGCGACCGCGUCACCAUCACACUCCCGCCGCACUCCACCUGGUCCAGCGGCCUGCACUGGCACCAGGACCACGACGAGUACCUGCGCGUCGUGCAGGGCCGCAUCCGCGUCGUCCUCGGCAAUGAGGAGCUCGUCAUCGACGCGGGGCAGCCCGAGGUCAAGGUCCCGCGGUACGCAUGGCACAGCUGGCAGCGCGCAGAGGCUGAUGGCGAAGAGGUCAUGGUCGUCGAGAGAACGGAGCCGGUGGAUUUACAGAAAGCAGUGUUUUUCUGGAAUUUAAACGGCGUGGUGCUGAACGCGCCGGCGCUAAACGCCAAGCUGGGAGGUCUGCCGUCGUGGUUGCGGGGAAUACUGAUUGACUCUUGGAUUACGUUGAGCCUUUUUGUCAUUUUUCAUUGCCUGGACAACUUUCCCGUCUUUGUGGAUGCGCCCCGUUUGGUUCGGCAGUCUCUACCUUGGCUUGGGGAGUCGGGCAUGGUUUCACAGGCUUUGCACGGGGUAGAUUGGCUUUGUACGCACGUCAUACUGUGGUUGGCGGCCUGCGCUGGUCGAAUUCUCGGGGUUGCGCCGGUUCAGCGACGAUUUACGCCGGCGAUUGUCUAUGCGCAGUGGCAUGAUGAGCAGAGCCGAGCUAAAAAGUCAUGA